AUGACUGAUUCCGACUCAUCUAAUUCUGAUGAUGAAAUGGUGUUGGAUGUAUUAUUUUAUUUACCCAGACCAAGAUUCUUUCGGGAUAGGUCAAACCCAUUGGAGGAUUUCGACGAUUUUGAUUUUAAAAGUAGGUUUAGACUAUCAAAGGAAACUUUUGUAUUUUUAUUACAUUUAAUUGGAAACGAUUUGCGACGUUCUACAAAUAGAAGCUUCGCCAUUUCUCCAGAAAUACAAAUUUUGGUGACUUUAAGAUACUAUGCUACAGGUACCUUUCAUUUUUCAAGGAUGCUGAAGAAAUUCAGAAAGUUCAAACAGGUUUUUUUCAGAUUGAAAGGAUUUCCAAGAGUGGUUGGGGCAGUAGACUGUACCCACAUACGUAUACAGUCACCAAACAGCAAUAUUGGAGAAAGAUUUCGAAAUCGGAAAGGGUAUUUCUCCUUCAACGUACAGGCUAUAUGUGAUAGCAACUUAAAAAUCAUGAAUAUUGUUGCACGGUGGCCAGGUUCUGUUCAUGACAGUACAAUUUUUGAUAAUAGUAUGUGUAGGGCUCAGUUUGAAAAUGGAGAAUAUGGAAAUAGUUUUUUACUCGGAGACGGAGGCUAUCCAUGUCGUGAUUACAUGAUGACUCCUCUUCUUCGUCCCGUUACUGAAGCUGAGAAGAGAUAUCAGAAAGCUCAUAUUGGUACAAGAAACGUUGUAGAAAGACUAUUUGGUGUGUGGAAAAGGAGAUUUCCGGUGAUAGCUGUAGGAAUACGCACACAGCUUAACACGACUAUGACGACCAUUGUUGCCACAGCUGUUUUAUACAACAUUUUAAAAGAACAAGGUGAUGAAAUGCCAGCCGACGAAUAUGCCGUAGAUAAUGACUUACUUCUGGAAAUUGAUAUGAACCCUGUAAGGCAAACAGGCAAUUUAGUCAGAGGACAGUUAAUUGACCUGGUAUUUACAUAA